UUCAUAUGUCGAUAAAUGUACAUGUCAGAAAUUUAUCAUGACGACUACUGAAGAGUUAAUACGAAUUCUAGAAGGCGAUGAAAAUGAAGAAUUUUUAUCAGACGAAGAGUUUGACAUUGAUGAGGAGAUUCAAGAUAACAAUGUCACAACCACUAAUUGGACAACGCAAAUUGCUACCCCAAUGUUAGAAGAAUUCGACGACUUUGUUUGUGGACUGUCGCCUGCUGUCAAAUUAGAUGGUACCUCCACGGAAUUAGAUUUCUUCGAACAUUUUUGUAGCAAAGGCUUGUUACAGAAAAUAGCAAAUUGUACGAAUAAAUAUCAUCAACACUUCGUAAGACAUACUGAUCUCAGAAUAUAUUCAAGACUGCAACAAUGGCACGACGUUUCUAUUGAGGACCUUUACAUUUUCCUUGCAGUAACAAUGCUUUUCACUAGAAACAAAAGAAUAACAAUUGAAGAACACUGGUCUACAGAACCAUUAUUACAUAGUAUGGUGUUCCAUAAUACUAUGUUUCGAAAUAGAUAUUGCUCAAUUUUAGGAAUGCUAUCUUUUUAUGAGGCACCUGCAGGGAUGAGUAGUGUACCGAGAUUACAUAAAAUAAAAAUGAUGAUUGACCACGCUCGUGAAACUUUCAAAACAACAUUUAUCCCGGGUAAAAAAAUGUGUAUUGAUGAAAGUAUUGUGCCUUUUAAAGGUCGCCUAAGUAUAAAACAAUAUUUACCUAAAAAACGCAAUAGAUUUGGCAUUAAGCUAUUUGUUUUAUGUGAUGUCAAAUCCGGUUAUAUCGUGGAUUUUAUAGUGUACUGUGGAUCGGAAACAGAAGUAGAGAUUGUACCAAAUUUAGGGUUAACUGGAUCAGUUGUGACUGAACUUUUAAAAGACUACUAUUUUUGCAACCGAGAGUUGUAUGCAGAUAACUGGUAUUCCAGUCCCCAGCUUUUUAUAUAUUUAAAAGAAAGGGCGACUUAUGCAUGUGGUACCGUAAGAUCAAGUAGAAAAGGGAUGCCAAAAUUCCAAAAACUGAAACGUGGACAAAUAGCCGCUUACUCGUCUCCUCCCCUCUUAGCCUUAAAAUGGCAAGAUAAGAAACCGAUCCUAAUGUUGUCUACAAUACACGAUGACAAAAUAAUACCAUCAGGCAAUGUAGAUUACUCAACUGGGCUACCCAAAAUGAAACCACAGUGUGUAGUAGACUACACAAAAAAUAUGGGGUCGGUUGACCUAUCUGAUAUGAUGACUAGCACAUUGGGUUGUAUAAGAAAAUCAAAAAAAUGGCAUAAAAAGCUUGGGUUUCACAUAUUUGACAUGUUUUUACUUAAUGCUUUCUACUUGCAUAAACUGAUAAAAAAUAAACAAAAUUAUAGUUUAGCUGAUUUCCAAUUAAACGUUAUCAGGCAAAUAAUAGAAAAAUACAAACAAUGUUCUUUAACUCAACAGUCAACACCGCGCGGCGUCCUUGACUCUAACCGUUUUUUACAUAAUAGUGUCUUAGAGCAUUUUCCUGUUAGAAUACUAACCGGCAAAAGUCAGCGAUGUAAAAUGUGCGCAGCAAAAAGAAAACGGUCUGAGACUCGUUUUAUGUGCCAAAAAUGCAAAGUUUAUCUAUGCAUAGAUCCAUGUGCUGUUGAGUACCACAAUAAUUGUGGUACGAUACCGAUUGUUUUGUAGAAUUAUUCUACAUUUAGAAUUAUUCGACUGAUUAUUAUUAAUGAAAAAUCUUACCUCUGAUUGUAAGACUGAUUUUAUUGAAAUAAGUGUUAUUAAAAUUGUGAUAUUUUACAUUACGUUACAUUUAAGUCUAUAGGUAAACUGAUAAUGACAUGUCCAAGAGUGAAAUUUUUAUUUUUAUGUUUAUUGUUCAUUAGUGUGAUAUAAAUUGUGAUUGUGAUAAAUAUCGUUACCAUUUAAGUCUAUAUGUAAACUGAUAAUGUCCAAGAGUAACUUUUUUUAUUUUUAUUUUUGUUGUUAAUUGUUUAGUAGGCAGUGCGCGUUUCUUUAAGUACUCGUAUUCGAUCGUGUCAACGUUUACGUAGAUUUGUGGAACAUUUGUAGUUCCCGUUAUUGUCACCAGGCGUUACUUAAGUUUCAGUACAAAUCGAAGUUAACGUAGACACGAUCGACUACGUAUAAAAACUCGCACUAAAACUUAGGAGUAGGUAUAAAUCAAUACACAUAAGAACUCAUUACCUGUACCUACUUACUUUUGAGAAAUCAAUCGUUUUUCUUCUCUGGACUGAUUUUAUUUUGAAUAGCCUAAGUACGAAUUAAUAAAUCGUUCAAAUUUUCAAACA